CUAAAACUAAAGGUUCUCUAAAAUGAAUACAACAAAUUACAACGAUCAGUUACAAACCAUCUAUCGAAACAUAAUGUUUCAUCAGCAAAACAUGGCCUAUGCAAAUAUAAUGGCCGCAUUUUCAACAGGCACGCCAACAACAGUUCCAGCACCAAUAAUAAAAGUUGAACCAGGUCUAUCGGAUGUAUCAACAACUUCAACAGCGUCUCCAGCUACAUCAUUAAUAGCAUCAUCACCUCCAAAUUUGAAUAGAACACAGUCACCGUGCUCAUUUUCUUUGGACACGGAAAUUCCACGAGAUGAGAUUGAAGGUGAUAUCGAAGUGAUUAUGGUGAGAAAUUUACAAGAUAAUUUGAAGAAGCUUGACACGACGCUUAAUGGAUUGCGAGGAAAAAAGUUUGGAUAUCGUGAAUUAUUGGACAUUUCAAUUAGACGUCCUACAUAUACUGCAAGCAAUUCUACCACAAAGCGUCUUCGAACUUCAUCAUUUGGAUCAACUAUUGGUUCCCCACAUUCAGUCAAAACCUUAAAUCAUGUAGAUGAGGAUAGAGAUGUGAAGAAAGCAAAGCUUAACAGUACUGCAAAUAGUAAUGUAUCGAUGCGUGAUGAACACAAUGAAAGUUUCGAAAGCGAUGAUGGCCGAUUAAUGAUUGAUUGGAAUGAAAAUGAUUCAGAUGCUAAAAAUGAAACUCAAGCGAUUGAACAAAUACCAAUUAAGAAGGAAAUGGAUAUGGAAGUCGAUGAAAAACAUGAAAAUGAUGAAGAUGAUUAUAAGCCGUCGACAUUGAGAUUUGAACGGUUAAAGUGUAUUCAAAAGAAAAAGCCACGAUUUAAUAUUGAAAAUCUUGAUCUCACAUAUCAUUCGAAUAUGGCAAGAAACUUCCCAGGAACUGAAAAUCGCACUGAAGAACAACAACAGAGACGUGAUAAGAAUACAUUGGCAGCAAGAAUAUCGAGAAACAAGAACAAAGCAUAUGAGAAAAUGUUGGAGCAACAAUCAAUGGAUGCAACUGUUGAAAAUCUCAACUUGAAGCGUCAAAUUGCAUGUUUGAGAGUUUAUGCGAAUUCUUUGAUGAAGUUAUCAGGAUUUGCAGAUACAGACUUUAGUAAAAUGUGGGAAGCUAAUAUAAAAGAAAUGGUUUUUGAUAGCGAAGCAUAAAUUUUUAUUAAUUUUUUAUAUUUUUAUCAGCAGUAUAAGGAAUACAAAUUUUUAAAAGCUUUAACUAUUUUAGAUUUAAGGUUGCAUCAAUACAAUCAUGUC